UACUUCUUACUAACAUAAUUAUCCUGAAAAUUUAUCAGACCACCCUAGAUCCAUCAAUCGGAAAGACUUCUUGAAUCCAUAGCUGAUGAUUCAUCUCCGGACCAGUAAGAAACAACUUUUUUUAUAACAAAAAAUGCAUGAUAAUGAAUUUUGAGUGGAGAGAAGCAGCAUAAUUAUUGUUUUUUUGUUUUCUUGUUUUCAAUUAAGAAAUUGCAGUUGCAAAAUUUGCUUGAAGGUAAAAGUAUUAGUACCUAUUUCCUUGUUUUCCUGUUCCUCCAAGUUCUCCAUUAUUGGGAGCUGAUUUUCUUGUAUAUCUUCAAUAGGAAGGGACAUAGCUGCUGAACUGCUCUGUUCGGUUACUUGCGUUUCUCUCAGCAUUGGCGGUUGGACUUUUUUACACCGGAUUGACUAUUUCAACGCGGAAUUUCACUUUCCACGUUACGUAAGCAGUUGGAAAAGAAUUAUCGUUUGGAAAUGAGGGUUUUGUUUCAGACUUUCACAAAUCAUCAACUUGAACCAAAUACGUACUACUCCUGAGAAGCUUAACCCUAAAAGCUACGCACUGUACCAAAUCAUGAUUUCCUCCUACAUGAUUCAACAUGCAAAUCUUGUUUCAAAAGGCUUUACGGGAAGUUUGAAGAUCAACAGAAGGGAGAAGCAUGAAAAUGAUGAGAACUGCAAGCUUCCGGAAUCACCCAGACGAAUAAACAGUUCGAGUCAAGAUGAAUCAGAGAUAUGUGGCACUGUUACUCCUGAGAAGCUUAACCCUAAACGCUACGCACUGUACCAAAUCAUGAUUUCCUCCUGCAUGGACUUCCAACAGAUUAAACAUGCAAAUCUUGUUUCAAAAGGCUUUACGGGAAGUUUGAAGAUCAACGGAAGGGAGAAGCAUGAAAAUGAUGAGAAAUGCAAGCUUCCGGAAUCACCCAGACGAAUAAACAGUUCGAGUCAAGAUGAAUCAGAGAUAUGUAUAAUUGUUAAUGGUGUUGAGCAAGUACCUAGCAGAAUACGAGCGAAGCAUUUCCCCAGAACUUGUGGUGAGAAAAGAAGAACAGCAGAAAUGGAAAGAACGGCAUCAUGGUGGGCGACCUUUGCGUUAUCUUUGUGUUCAUUGUCACUGAAAUACAGCAAACCACUUCUCCAAGCACAACCACGUCAUCCACUUUGGCUUUCCAUCAUAGCCAUGUUGAGCUUUACUUUGUUUGCAUGUUCUGCAACUGUUAUGCUUCUUGUUGGAGCUAGGUUCACUCAUACGCAGAUAAUUGUUAUGCUCAUUGCAUUCUUCGCUCUGGUGUUGGCUUAACAUGUUUUCAGAUUCGUUCACAAGUAGUAUCUUGCUUUUUACAUAUUUUCAUCUGCAAAACAAUAUUGUAACAAAGGUUUGAGUGUGUGAGAUAUUAAUCAUAUCUCCUCUCUUUAUAUAUUUACAUUCUGUUGCUCUGCCUUCUACUGUUCUUCGUGA